AUCCCAUUCCUACCAAUUCCUACUUGUAUUCAUGGACGUGAGCGGCGUCGGCAUUCGGCAUCAGAUUAGAUCAGAGUGUGGAUUUGCAGUAUUUAACUUGAAGAAUGGCGGCGAAUAUUAACGGCGUGUUCACCGAAAAUUUGCAAAAUGCGAUAUUGGAAAGUAAAGUGCUUGUCGUGGGUGCUGGUGGGAUCGGAUGCGAGAUAUUAAAGAAUCUUGUUAUGACAGGAUUCAAAGACAUCGAAAUUAUCGAUCUAGAUACGAUAGAUGUUAGCAAUUUAAACAGGCAGUUUCUAUUUCAAAAGAAACAUGUAGGGAAAUCAAAAGCUGCUGUAGCAAAGGGGACAGCGUUGACGUUCAAUCCCGAUGUAAACAUAGUUCAUUAUCAUGAUAGUAUUACAUCUCCUGAUUAUGGCGUGUCGUUCUUCAAGAAGUUUACAUUAGUCAUGAAUGCACUUGAUAACAGAGCUGCUAGAAAUCAUGUAAAUAGAAUGUGUUUAGCAGCAGAGGUACCUUUAGUAGAAUCUGGUACAGCUGGCUAUGAGGGACAGGUAGAACUGAUAAAAAAAGGAUUAAGUCAAUGUUAUGAAUGCACACCAAAAGCUGCACAGAAAACUUUUCCUGGUUGUACAAUACGUAAUACACCCAGUGAACCGAUUCAUUGCAUAGUAUGGGCGAAGCACUUGUUCAAUCAGUUGUUCGGCGAAGAGGAUCCUGAUCAAGAUGUAUCACCAGAUACUGCUGAUCCAGAGGCAGCAAAUUCUGCAGGAGAAGCUGCUUUAAAUUCAGAAUCAAAUGCAAAGGGAAACGUUGAUAGAGUAUCGACCAGAGCAUGGGCUCAAUCAUGUAAUUAUGAUCCGGAAAAAUUGUUUGCAAAAUUAUUUCACGAUGAUAUCAAGUAUUUGCUUAGUAUGGAUAAUUUGUGGAAGAAACGAAGGCCACCUACUCCUUUGAAUUGGAAAGAAUUACCGGAUGGAGUAGCAGGAUGUAGCAAGGAAAUAAAUGAAUCCGGUUUAAAAGAUCAGCAGCGUUGGAGUAUUUCCAAGUGCGGUACAGUAUUUGCCGAUGCAGUCAAGUGUUUAAGCAAUGCAUUAAAAGCUUCUCAGGAAAAAUCAUCGAAUAACCACCUCGUUUGGGAUAAAGAUGAUCUGAGUUCGAUGGACUUUGUGGCUGCUUGUGCGAAUUUAAGAGCCCAUAUCUUCGGUAUACCUCAAAAGACACGAUUCGAUAUAAAAUCAAUGGCAGGGAAUAUAAUUCCAGCGAUCGCGACCACAAAUGCGAUAGUUGCUGGUUUAGUCAUCCUCCAUGCAUUCCGCAUUCUCCAAAACGAUUUAAAGGCAUGUAAAUCUGUGUAUUUACGUUCAAAAAUGAAUCACCGUAAUCAGCUGCUAGUACCAGAGAAAAAUGUGAAUCCGCCGAAUCCGAAGUGUUACGUAUGCGCGCCUACACCACAAGCUAUAUUAGCAAUUGAUACGUCUAAAGUAACGAUCAAAGAACUGGAUGAAGUAGUAUUAAAAAAUAGAUUGAAUAUGAUUGCUCCGGACGUUAUGAUAGACGGUACUAGUAGCGUUGUUAUUAGUAGCGAAAAAGGAGAAACUGAAGAGAAUAAUAGUAAGCUCUUGGAGGAAUUAGGGAUUAAGGACGGUACCAUCCUUAAAGUUGAUGAUUUCCAGCAAAAUUAUUCAUUAACUGUGACUGUGGUCUAUCGAGAACGACCAACUUCAAAAGAUGAUAGUCCCGAUUUUCUUAUCUUGGCUGAUGAGAAAGAUCUCAAACCCAAAGAAGAGAAUGAUUUAGUGAAACCAUCUACUUCGAAUGGCCAGGUCGAAUCGUUUGCUGACAGUGCGAUGAUCGUUGAAACUGAAACUAUUUCUGAUACAAGAAAGAAACGCAAAACUGAAUCUCCCGAAGAUAGCGUGUCCUCGAAAAAACGGAAGUUGCAAGUUCACGAUGUCGAUGAUGAUAUUUCUAUCAUUGAAAAUGACAUGAACAACGAUGCAACUAGCAGUAAAACAGAAUCGAAAGUACGUAAUACUUUGGAAGACGAUGAUUGUAUGAUUGUACAUGAUGACACUAUACAAACAGCAGCAGUCGCGCAGUGAGUCAGUGAAACAUUUUUCAAAUUAAGAGAGAUUUGGGUAACGAGUAUAUUGGUAAUUCAUAUUAAAGUAAUGAAGUGUACAGAAAAUGUACAUAUCCAAUGGUUUCUACAGUACAUUUCGUGAUUUAAAACUUCAUAUAAUUUUCCUGAUAGAUGUCAUUUUUUUUUUAAUAAGUAACGAAUAUGAAUAGUGAUUAAGUUUGUAUGGCUGCAAACUAUGAGAAUGAAUAAUAAUGAGUGUGUAUAAUAGUGAAUAUUACCAGCAAUUUCCUUUGAUUAAACGUAUUUUGAUUUUUAAAAAUGUUUAUAAAAGGACAUAAUAUUAUGUUUCAAGUACAUCAUCUCGUAGAUUGUAACUAUGGAAUACAUUUUUAUACAAAAAAAAAUAAAUACUUUUCCUUACUGCAAA